UCGAGCUCCGGCAGCAUCACGGCGCGCCUCCUUCCAUCUACAGUUCGCGGUGACAGGGAGCGCGAGGAGGAGUUACGGGAGCAUGCUGGGCUCAGAGGACCACGCGGAGGAGAGAAACGGAACCGGAAUGAAACAUAUGAGCAGUCCACUUGAUGGAGGCGUGGCUUUGAGUGACGAAACUGCACUUGAUGGUGCAGAGUUUACAGGACUCGCAGAAGUUCGUCCGAAACGGGAGCGGAAACAUAGAUUGUACACACUUUGCGAAGUGUGUAACAUUCAGCUCAACUCUGCUGCACAAGCACAGAUACACUACAAUGGCAAAACUCACCAAAAGAGACUGAAACAGUCAAAAAGUGGGAGCACAGGUACAGCAGCUCAGGGCAGCCCCCUGCUGGCUGCGCUGCCCGUGCAGGGUCGUCCACUGCAAACGCCUAUGGACCUCAAGAACUUCCUGCCAUUUAGGCUCAAUGGCUCAUCCCCCCUCAGCCUCUUCCCUAACUUCAAUACUAUGGACCCUGUACAGAAGGCUGUUAUUAAUCACACCUUUGGCGUUCCUCAGAAGAAGAAACAGGUUAUCUCCUGCAAUAUCUGCCAUCUCCGCUUCAACUCCACGAAUCAGGCUGAAGCACAUUAUAAAGGUCAUAAACAUGCUCGUAAGCUAAAGGCUUUGGAGGCUCAGAAGAACAAGCAGCACAGACGACAGCUUGAGCACUCACACGGCCGAGAGAGAGAGAAGGAGAGAGAGAGGGACAGAGGGAGAACUAGUGCACCUGAGCCUCUCCCGGCCCUUCUGGAACCCUGUGCGAUGGAAGCUUCCACUCUGCUCUGUGACUCAGACUCUGUGGUGAAGCUGGAUGAUGCACAGUCCAGCUCAGUCAUCCUCACUCCAGUGUCUGAGGUGUCAUCAGCGGACGUGCCGGUCUCUCCCCCGUCUCAGCACUCAGAUGGCCCACAGGAUGCUGCCUCAGGCCCCAGUGAGACAGUCCCCCAGCGAGAUGUCCCUGCAGGAGAGGCCCCAGCAGAGAAAGAACCCAGGAGGAACAGACAGCACCUCUACUGUCCUGUCUGCAAAGUGACCGUAAACUCUGUCAAUCAGCUAGAGGCUCACAACAGCGGCACUAAGCACAAACUGAUGCUGGAGGGACAGAGUGUGUUGCCACGACGACGUGGGAAGGUGCUGUCCUCCCGUGCCACGUGCAAAAGCAAGAGAUUGGCCAACAAAGGCAGCAUGGGCGUGGCCAACAAGAGCUUCCAUUGUGAAGUGUGUGAGAUCCAUGUCAACUCUGAGACCCAGCUUAACCAGCACAUGAACAGUCGCAGACAUAAAGACAGAUUGGCAGGAAAGCCCCCAAAGCCCAAAUACAGUCCACACAGCAAGAGUCCACCUACUUCCGGAGUAUCGCAGAGUGUCAGGUGGAAUGGCUAUGCAGGAGGAGCUGUGUCAGCCAUGAAGAAAGUCUUUAACCAAUACAGUCUCACCUCCUUGUCUUCACAGACCAAGCUGGCUCUGCAGAAGCAGUUGACUAAAAAUUUGACGACAAGCUUCCUUCCCACCCCUAUAACUCCACCCACGCUUUGCACAGUGACGGCCAAUCCCCUUGCACUGCGACACCCUGCUGGUGCCGCCUUCAUUCAGACGCCGAUCUUAGGCCCCACCCUCUUUCGGCCUGCUCCAGGACCACUCCGGGCCACACACACACCUGUUAUCUUCUCUCCUUAUUGAAGUAUGCAUAGAAAUACUAGCACGCACACACACACACACACACACACACACAUGUAUUCAUGGUGUGAAGAGUCACAGAGUUGCUGUCAUAAUGAAACCUUAUAUCUCUGAAAUGGUAACUUUAGAGGAGAAGAAAAAAAAACUAAUGUAUGUUGUGUAACAGGAUUAUAUUCUAUGUUAUUUCAGGCCAUUUCUAUCAUGAAAUGUUCAUAAAACACAAAGGACAGCUGGUGUGUCCAAGUUGUGUAGAAAAAAAUAUAUAAAAAAUGUUUAUAUAAAAGUUAUAAGCUUUUGUUAUGACAGCGAUGACAAAUAUGAUUUAGUCUUACAGUCUAUACAGAUACACAUACACUUUAUACAUGUUAGAACAUACACACAUACAGUGCACACUGGCCCCAUUUACACCUGGCAUUAAUAUACGACUCAAGCAAUCUGGUCAUAAGUGGACAGCACUAACUGUAGGUGUGAACAGGGUCUUGAAGGCGCAUUGUGAUCUGAUUGCUCAAACCACCUUCAAAGGUGGCCAGGAAAGCUUAUAGAUACAUAACAUUUGUAAUGUGAACCCUAAAGUGGCCCUGUUGCAUCCCCAGCAACAACGAAGGACCACGUCAUCAAAUACAAUGUCACAGCAGAGAUCAAAGCAGUAGCAUAGCUUAAUUCUUUGUCUCCUGUCCCAGUUGUUUUUAAGUUGCAUUACCAGUCUCGACCUGAAUAUUUGUAACAGCUUGUACAUGUACACAAACAAGGGCUUGUGGCACAAAUGCAGUGAUAUAGAAAAAUCAGUCACGAAAGCCGAUAAUAAGUGGUCACUGGAGAUGCAUUCAAAACGUGGAAACGGCAGGAGUGAACGGUGGUGCGUUUCUGUCCAUUUGUGAUCAGAUCAUUGGAGACAAAUACUAAUACCAGGUUUGAACAGGGCCACAGACUCUUCGGAAAUGCAUUGGAUUUACUUGAUUGAAAUGUGUACCCUAAUUUCUAGAUGAGUGAAAUGCUUUGCAUUACCACGGUUGUUCUCAAGCGUAACCUACACUCUUAGCAAAAAAGAUUCUACAGUAUUGUGAUAAAGUCAGAGACCCCCCUUCAAUUGUUUCAAAUCUUCAAUUGUUUCAAAUCUUCAAUUGUUAAACAGCCAUUAAGUACAAAUUCUUUUUUGUGAGAUAUUUUGGAGAAGAUAAGAUAUAAGAUAAUCCACUAGCAUAAGGAAAGGGAAAGUUAAAGGAAAUUAAGUGAAAAAACAGGAAGUUCCCAGGAGUUUACAAAACUAGAGUUCAAAAAAUUAUUAAAAGAUACAGAACAAUGGGACUCCUAACAACUGUACAAGACCUGUUAGACCAUCAAUACUGUUGCCACUAGAUUAACAGCACUCAUGAACAGCUUUCAUCUUUGAGAGAGAGAGACGAGAAAAUCAAGCUCUACUUUUGCUUUAGAACUGAAAAAUCUAUCUAAGCCCUAUCUAAGCCCUUACUUGAGAAAAGGAAUUAGGUUUAAAACAGGAGAAUGUUUGCAAAUCAGACAAAGAAUCUGCUGGUGUUCUCAGAGCAAUGGACUGACCAAAAUCCAGACUUUAGCAGACUUUAACUAUAUGUGUUUGGAAUUAAUUGGAUCGUAGCAGCAGAAAAAGCAACAGAACAUCUAAGACUGAAAAACUUCCCUGCAGAUUUCUAUGAAAAACUGAAAGCAAGUCUCUUGAAAAGAAUGGAAGCUGUAAUAAAGACAAGCAAAAUGAAUGACACUAUGUUUAGAUUUUUUAAUAUUUAGGAUUAUAUUUGAUAGGAUAUUUAAUUGCUGAGGUUUCAUUUAAAUAAGCGAUGGGUCUCUGAGUUUUGUGCAGUACUAUAUUGAGGACCAAAAAAUUGUUCUAUGACGUGUAACCUAUUUGGUGCUUACCAAUUUUUGUUUCUAUAAAUAGCUGCAUACAGCAAUUUUCCGUCAUAGAGAAGAACUAUUUAACCAUGCAAAGGAACUGUUUAUGCAUUCAAAAGCUUCGUAGAGUGUUCACAGUUCUACAUAUAACCAUUACUAAAGAACAUUUUUAAGGCUGUAUGUAAAUUAAAGAACAAAAUAAAAAUAUCAAAAAUAUUCAAAUCCAAAUAAUGUACAGAUUUGCAUGAAGUAAAUUCAGUGCAUCUUUUUUUCAGUGCAAUGUCCAAACUGACACACACAUAAACACACACACAUACAUCAGUUCCCUGCACUCUCCUCUAAGACUGUGGCACUUACUAAGGUGUCACUCUUGAACUAUGCAGCGCAGAGAGGUAGAAAGCAUAAGAUAGCCAGUGAGAGAUGGAUGACUCCAGAGAAAACAAGAAAAUGGAAGCAUAAGGAGGAGAGUAAAUGCACACACACCCCGCAGGCUGUGGGCGGGGCCCUAGGGACUUUAUUGACCCACCCACCUCUCUCCAUUCCUCCAAUGAGGUGUUAAGUGAUAGGCCAUGCCUCCUGGGAAUUUCAGCUUGAGUGGAGCCUCUGGCUGGGACCUCGUAUGAUUUUAUAAGACAUUAAUCAUAGGUUUUUAUUGUGCAAUUUAUUAGAAAAACAAUAACAUUAGAGACGUAGAGCUAAUUUUUAGUGAGACAAAUGCAAACAUCCCUUUACUCGAUGCCUCAUGAAUAUGGGUUUUUUUUAUCUUUUGACAUUUUUGUUUCUUUUAAUAAGUGUUUAAGCCUUUCAUUUUUCAUCAUCAUUUCACUUUAAUGGUUCUUCAGUAUGAACAAACAUGUUAUUGCUCCCCCAGACUUGACCAAAAGAGCUGCCGCUUUGCAUCAUGGGUAAUCAUCACAGAGUUAAACUGAAUGCAGGUGUAACGGAUCGAGAUGACAAUUUGCAGGCAAAUCAACCCUCUAUUGCUAACACGUAUACACCCGCGCACACGCUCGCACACAAUCAGUGUUCCAAUUUCUUCUGCAUAGAUUAGGUGAUUUUGUGAGUCAGGCAGACAGACACACACAAAGAUGAACACACACACACACACAAAGAUGAUUAUGAUGGUAGUCACAGUUUGACGUGGCCUUUCAUGUUGGUAUAUUUUGCUCUCAGUAUUGUCUCAUUAAGGCUUCACAAAGGUCAGCCUGUCCGUCAAAAUUUGUCUCCCAUCUCGCGUUGAUUAAGAUCUAAACUCUCCCCAUGUGAUUUGUGUGUGUGUGAGAGUGUGCGUCUGUGAUCAGUCAGAGCCUGAUCUCAAGACUUUAUUCUCUUGUACACGCUCCAUUCAGUCCAUGUGGUGCAACCGCACCCUCUGCUGUAGAGAGCAUGUAGCACAGUCAGAGCCCCAUUCUGAUUCUAAUAUAACCUAAUACAGGCAAAACAGUUUCUAACAUGCCCUUGUUGACUCAUCCUCGCUGUUUCCUUUGGUUGGAUUCCCAAAAUGCCAUCUUAAGUGUCUUACCAAAAACAGGUAGGCCUGUUUUACACAUACUACCUGCUGCAGUGAGUGCUGCAGCUUCUGCUCAUGCACACAACAUGCGUAUACCAUGGAACUGUGCUGCAGCUCUAUAUUGGAAACGGACACUAACUGUAAACAAGUUCCACAGACACUUUUUACCUAAUAAAGACUCAAACUAGCUACUUUAUAUUGCUUAAACAUCACAUCCUACAUUUUUCUUCCUUUCAAUUUUCCCUUGAGGUCCGCUUAUGUUGUUUUCAUUCAUUAAUACACAAAAAAAUGCAUUUUUACCUGACCAUUGUCCAACCUCUUUAAAAAAAAUUAAACAGGCUAUUUUUGUUACUGUGUCUUAAAUACUUUCUUUGCUGAGAUCUUUGGUCUGAUUACUGGCCUGUAUUGCGUCUUUUCAAAAAGCAAAUUUGGCUGAAGCAUUCCUAAUAAUGAACUUAUAAUGAACUUAAGCUAUGCGUUUCAGCACUUGGCAGUCCCACUCGCUGAGUUUGCAUGGUCUGCUGCUUCAUGGCUGAGCUGUCUUGUAUCUAUUUCACAAUAAUAGCACUUACAGUUGACCAGGGCAGAAAUUUCACAAACUGACUUGUGGCAAAUGUGGCAUCCUAUGACAGUUUUCUGACAAGUGAUUGGAAAACCACUUCAAGCCAGGUAUUUUGUUUUAUUACAACCAUGAAUGGUAUAGUAUGUAGGUUUUCAUAGUUUAAUUCACUAUAUUUUUCUGUGUAGCAUGUGUGGCACAAGGAAAAGAUGGACUUGAUGCCUAUGGUCUAGAUGCUGUGCUGCUUCUGAGAUGCACUCUCAUGCCGUAUGAACACUCUAACCUGUUAAAAUCAGCAAAAUGAAAAGAGAUAUUCCUCCAUGCAGAGGUAGUAUGUGAGAAACAGGCCUUGCUGUUUGUUUGUGCUGGGUGAGCAUCAGGUCAACAGAAUUGUAGACCUCAGCAGCAGAACUUGCCCAGAAAUAAUUGUAAUCUUGACACAGUUUCUUUUUCAGUCUUAGAACAAUAGUGGAUAAAGCUGUUUAUAAACCAGAGCAAUAAAAUACUUUAAAAAAAAAUCAAAACUAGAACAUUCAUUUCCUAUGUCCAAACUAUGUAGCACACUGCUGUAUAUGUCACACGUGACUGUGUUACUCUAAUAGCUUGCUAGUAAGCUAGCUAUGGGCAACAUAGAUAUCAACAGUAAAAAAAGGACAGUGCAGCACCUGACGUAGGUGCUACACACUUUAAAGCUGCGAGGAGAAGUCAACAAGAACACGCUUUCGGAAAUGAUAUUGAAAUGUUUGCAGAAUUCCCAAUCUGAUCUAGGAUUGGUGUUUUCUUAUUUUGGGUGGUCUGAGGCUUCUUAAAUUCGAUUCUGGAUUCUGCUGCAAUAGGUGUUGCUCCUGCUUUUAUCUGUUACACUUACUACAUUCUUAUGUUGCUGUAUUUCCAUGUUCUGAAUUAUUAAGUUAUUUUACAAAGUUUUUAUGAAGAUUACUUUAAAAAUGUCUAUCUAUAUUAGGUUAAAUUUUAUCAGUAGAUCUGAAAAUAGAGUAUAUAGAGUCUUUAUCAGAUUCAUUAUUGUCAUUAUUGUUAUGAUAAGAACAGUUUCCAUCUGAGGGUCUAUUGUUUUGUUAAUACGUACAAAGAUACUAGAAGAAGUUGAUACUCCAAGAAGGAUUCUGUGUAUUUAGUUUGGGAUUAAAGACAUGGGAGUGAAGGAAAGCUCCGAAGCUUGCAGUCAAGGAUGGAUCCUGAGGGGCAAUUUGGGGCGAAUCGGGGCCUCUGUUUCUGCUCCUUUUGAGGAGAGAGCACCCCCCCUGGAGAAGCCCAUCGGCCGUAUACAUGGACAGAAGUUACCAUCAGCCAUGCUGGAAUAUGCUCAAACAGGGCAGAACCUGGAUCAGAAAAAAUUGACUGUGUUACCAUUUGGGAUGUACAAAGUAAUGACUUUUCCUGGAUUUUCAGAACUUUUGGAUACUCCUGCUUCUCUCUCUAUGUGUGUGUGUGUGUGAGUGAGUGUGUCGAUAUUCUUUGUACAUCCUGGCAAACCCACACUCAUUUGCAUAUGUGGGUGUAAAUGUGAAUGAAGUUUGGCUGGCCGGCUGGUCGCUUCAGGCUUAACUCCUGCCUCCAGAACUGCUGUUGUGGAGUUUAAUAUGCAUUGUGGCCUGGAUAGGUCAUAAUGUUACUAGCAUACUAGCUGUGUGCUGAUUACUGAAAGGGAAAUUCAACGGAUUUUUUUUGUUUCUGUGUCAUUCAAUCAUUGAAAUGCGAGCAGUCUUUCAGAGUGGUUUGAUGUGGUUCACUGUAGAGAAACUUACUGACUCAGUGGUGAAAGGAACCAGAGGUUGUGAUGUAUACACAAAUGUUGCCAUUUUAUUUGCUAUUCAAAAUGAUCAGUGUGUUCUGAGUAUUUAUAUAUAAUGUUGAUAAUCUGACAAUAUGGUUAUUUUUGUUGCACUUCUCAGCUAUUUAUGGCUUUUAAAAUAUGUUUUAGUCCAAAAUCUUGUUGUAAAACAAUGUGUCAGGCAUCGGAAACCAUAUUUGUGAUCUUUAUUUAAUGUCUUUUUGUGAGGAAGCUUUUAGAAUCAUUAAACUCUUCAGACGUCUGGUUCCUGUCACCACCAUUCUGAACAAUUCUGACUCAAGAAUAGUGUAUUUCUCAUCAAACCACUAUGGAUGACUGUUUACAUGUUUAAAUUUUUAAAAAGUAGCAGAAAUUUUGAAAAACUUUGUUAGAAUUCUGCUUGAUUUAAUUUUUCAUGCAUUGUCCCUGGAUUACCCUGUAUAUCUUCCCUGCUUGUCUCUUCAAAUUCAGUAUUUUGAGCAAUAACACUGUUUUGAAGCUGUAACAGCCAUAAUGAAGUCUGAUACACUUUUCCUUUUGUAUAAACAAUGGAAAUUUAGCCAUGAUUUGUACCUUUCUCUGUGACAUUGGCCAUCUCUCUCUGUCUCUCUCUCUCUCUCUGUCUCUCUCUCUCUCUCUUUCUUUCUUUCUUUCUUUCUUUCUUUCUUUACUCUCUCUCUCACCCCCUCCGUUUUGUACAGACAGUGUUACUGUUUGUGUAGUGUCAGAGAAAGAGGGGGUCUGUGACAUUUUCCUGGGUUUAUUUUGCACUCUGCAGAGAUUGAAUCUGUGUAAUGGAACGUCUAGUAUGACAGGGGGCAGCCAUGGCAACAUCAGUUUCCAGGAGUGACAAGACAGAUGAAGGCAUUUCCCAGCACUUUACACACACAUACACGCAAACACAACCGUAGAGACUGUCUUCAAAACUCUUAUUUGUACUUUCCUGGUUCUGUGAUAGACUUAAAUGUUCUUUAUUUUCUGUUAUAACAGGGCAGCUGCUAGGAUCGUCUGCUAGGUUCCUGUAACAGGCCUUUCUCUGCUCUCUUUACUCAAAAUGCCAAGUUUUUCAUCCAUAAGCUCCAGUAAGAUGUUUUUUACACUGCAGCUUUUAGCAUAACUUUGAUUGUCAUGUGCAAAAGUCAGACACCACCCUUAAUUUAUUGAUCUAUAUAAAUUAUUAAUUUUCCAGGAUAUUUUUAUAGGGAUUAGACACAAAGUUUAAGAAAGGGGAAAGUCAAAGGGAAAUAAGUGGGAAAAGCAGGAAUUCCCAAAACUGGAGUUCAAACAAUUACUGAAAGUUGCAGAGAAAACCAACUGCAAGACCUGAUAGACCACCAAAACUGUCCUCAACAGAUAAACAACACUUACAGCUUGUACAACUCCCAGACAAUGGACUGACCACAUUAGUCCACCUGAGCACAGACCUCAACAUAACUGAACGCAUGAGAUUACUUGGACCAUGAGAAGCAGAAAACGCAAUUAACUUCUAAGACUGGACAUUGGAGGUGUAGAAAAUCAUCCCUGCAGAUUUCUAUAGUGAAGGCAAAGAGUGGACACACUAAAUAAAUUAGUUGUUGAGGCUCCUGUGUUAUUUUCUGUGCAAUACGUUCUCUGCUUUUUUCCUGGCACUGAAAAAUGAUUCACUUGUGUUUAAAGGCUGAAUUGACUUGAUGUUAAAUAAAUAAAGGGUAGUCUCUGACUUUUGCACAGUACUGUGUCUUACACUGAGAAAAAUGGCAUCAUGGCAAGUGAAAGUACAAUCUCACUGUGAGUUUGUUGUAAUUUGUAGAUAUUUAUUUUUCCUGAUUCUUAAAUAAUUUAAUUUGAGUUAUGUAGUGAAAUGAUAUUAAACUCACUUUAUAUACAAUGGCCCCAAAAGUAUUUGGACAUAUGUGUAACAAUUAAAAAUACGUUAUAUUCAUUGUGGUUUAGAACAAAAUGUCAAACCAAAUUGUGUUUAUUUUUAAACAGACUCCAAGUCUUUUUGUUUGGAAAAUUCUUUCAAAAGGUGGCUGGUGAGUUUAGACUGUUAUAGCUUGAGCAGUUUCUUUUGGACUGUAAAUUGCUUUCAAAAUGUCCUCGUACACGUCUGAGCUCAUCAGUAAACCCAAGUUCACCAACACCAUUUAAUUGAAAAACAGAACAACAGCCCCAGACUUUAACAUUUGCUCCUCUGUGUUUUACAGAACCCUUAGUUCAGUCUGCUUGGAACUCUUCUCCAGACUUUCUGCACUCAGAAAGUCUACAAUAAAUAUUUUAUGAAGUCACCUAAAGAACCUCAUUAAAACUUACUAAUGGCUAAACUCUCUAAAUGUUUUUUUAGGGACCACUGUAAAUACAAUAUUGAUAAUACACUCAGAACAGUUUCAUAAUGAGAAAAGUUUAAUAUUUCUUACAUUGAAGAUGUUUUCACUUGUCGAGAUGUAUAUUUUUUGCAGUGUGCACAAAAGCACCCACGCAAAGGCACACAGAGACAGACAUGAGCACAUGGUCAAAAAGCACAAAUGAAUGUGUCCAGUCUGCCAAAUACAUGCUUAUGUAAUAAUUCCAUCUAUAUUUCUGUGUUGAGAGUGAGUGUGUAUGUUUGUUUGUGUCUGUCGGUGUGUGUGUCUGUCUGUCCUUGUCUAUAUGUGAACUGUGCUGUUCAGAAAUCUGUGAAAUACCACAUCAAACAAAUCAGACAUUUCUAAAAGACGUUGGUCAAACGAGAAGAUGACCAGUACUCUCUUGAAAGGGACAUGGCCAGUAUUUAUGGAUGGAAACCCAUGUGUUAUUUGUUCAUUGUACUAUUGUCAUUGCGUCUGAUAAGAACAGUAAAAGGUGAACGUAUUUUGAA